AUGUUGAAGACUCAAGAAGCACAGACUUCUAGUGAGAAUAAGCGAUUGGUGAUCGGAGUUCCCGGUAGAACUCCUUUUGAUAAGUUUGGGAAGGAGGAAGUGGACGGCUUAACCGGGAAACCAAAGCACAUUGGCUUUUGCAUAGAUGUUUUCGAGAAGGCCGUUUCUCUUUUUCCUGAUGGUUUGAUGUAUGAUUUUCAUAGUCACAACGGAACAUAUGAAGACUUGGUUCAAAAAGUUCGUGAUAAGAGUUACACGGCUGGCCUCACCUCGAUGCUCACUAUCCGGGAGCUCAAACCAACUGUGACCACCAUGGAAAGGCUGAGAACUUCUAAAGCAAGAGUGGGUUGUGACGCCGAUGGUUUCGUUUGUGGCUAUUUGAAUAACACGUUGAAGUUCUCGAAUGAUGUCAUAGUCCCCAUAAGAGACGCUUGGAACUAUGAAGAUGAAUUCAGAAGAGGCAACAUCUCCGCUCUUUUUCUGGAGUACCCAUAUAUGAGAGCUUUCUUCGCUCAGUACUGCGAUGGAUAUUUGACCAUUGGUGAUGGCCACAGAGUAGGCGGUUUUGGCUUUGUGUUCCCAAAAGGCUCUCUACUGGCUGCAAAUUUCUCUGAAGCCAUUUUGGAGCUUUCGCAGAGCGGUGAGAUGGAAAAAUUAGAGGAAAAUUGGUUCUCUCCGGAGUGCACGAUGAGGAACAUCACCAGCGAGAGACCGAAGUUGGGCCUCGACAGCUUCUGGGCGCUCUACGGCUUCACCAUCGCCAUUUCCACUGGUUGUUUGCUCUUUGCAUGUCUCGGCACGAGAAGGAAUCGUCAGGAUCAUGAAGAAGGAACCAAUGGCGACAACAUGACCGUGACGGAGAUGAGUAUGUUGUAGUGUAAAUCAAUGUACAGUGGCAUAAUGUAGCAUUUGGAGUUUUGAUACCAUGUUAAAAAUUUAGGUUGUGCGGAAACAUGAUAUUGGUAUCGAUGAUAGUUUGUAGUUUGAAUGUGUGCAAGCACAUUUGGUAGAUGAUGGACAAGGAGACAAGGGGAUGUAGACAAUGGGAGAUAGUUUCAUUGGGAAAAUUGUCCAAAAAGUCCUAAACCUAUUGU